AUUUUUCACUCGGAAUAGAAACUUACUACAUUUGCUUUUGUGAUACCUUCUACCAGCAUCAUUCAAAAUGGCAUCUGUGGUUACCAAGAAGGGAAAAAAGAGCGGAGAUACCCUCAACUCCAAGCUUGCCCUCACUAUGAAGAGUGGCAAGUACGUCUUGGGCUACAAGUCUACCUUGAAGACUCUCCGCUCUGGUAAGGCCAAACUCAUCUUGAUUGCCGGCAACUGCCCUCCCCUCCGCAAGUCCGAGCUUGAAUACUACGCUAUGCUUUCCAAGGCUAAUGUUCACCACUAUUCUGGUUCUAACAUUGAUCUCGGUACCGCUUGUGGUAAGCUUUUCAGAGUCGGUGUUUUGGCUAUUACUGACGCUGGUGACUCUGACAUUUUGGAUGCCUAGACAAAAUGAAUAAAUUUUUAAAUUUUCAUAAUUUAUUGUUUAGUAUGAGUUUGGAAAAGUGUUGUGAAGAUUUUAAAUGUACUAGUAAUUUUUCACUGUGUGUAUGGUAGCAACUAUUAGAGACGAUACGCUUUGCAUAUUGAGCCCAGCCUAUAGCUGAUUUAUUUAUAAUUACACUAUCCUCAUUGUUAUAUGCUAGGAUGCCCUGGAUAGUCUUUCUUUAGCGAAUAAAUAAAUAAACGUACG